AUGGGGUUUCCUGGCCACAAACCUGUGAGAGCCAUCAAAGAGGAGUUUCACAUGAUUGCAGAAUCCCCUUUAGGAUUUCCCAAUGUGAUUGGGUGCCUAGAUGGCACCCAUAUACCCAUCAUCGCUCCUUCACAAAAUGAGGCAGAUUAUGUCAAUCGGAAGUCCAUCCACAGCAUUAAUGUGCAGAUCAUAUGUGAUGCUGCACACAUAAUUACAAAUGUGGAGGCUAAGUGGCCAGGCUCAGUUCAUGAUUCACGGAUAUAUCGUGAGUCAUCUCUGAGCAACAGAAUGGGCCAAGGAGAGAUGGAUGGCCUUCUGCUGGGUGAUAGGGGUUACCCAUGCCAACCUACACUCAUGACCCCUUACCCAGAACCUGAGCCAGGCCCCCAGCAGCACUUCAAUAUGGCACACAACAGGACACGAGCCCGGGUGGAGAUGACCAUAGGCCUGUUGAAAUCACGUUUCCAGUGCCUGCGCCACCUCAGGGUGACCCCUGAAAGGGCUUGUGACAUUAUUGUGGCAUGUGUUGUUCUUCAUAAUAUUGCCAUUAUUAGAGGGGAGCAACACCCUGCCCUACAAACUCAAGAUCCUGAAGCAGACCUCAUACACACUGGGGAUUUCCAGGAUGGAAGGGUGGUCAGAGACCUCAUAUGCCGUAAUGUCUUUGCAAAUUAAUGAACCACACCAACACAGGACUGUUAAA